AUGUCGAGAAAACACAAGAAGACAAGAAAAAAUAGACGCCAGAACAAGAAGGCACCUACAAAACCAGAUACAAGGACGGAAAUUUCUAUACAAGCGGAUGAUAUAACGGAAGACGAAUCAUCCAUUAUUAAUGACGCAUCCAUAAGUGAAACCACAGAGGAGAAUCGGGAUGUAAAGUCUGAGGAAAGCUCUUCUUUGCCGAAUAAUUUAUCAUCAGACAAUGACAAUAAAAUCACCUCCUCUAAUACUGUAUCGGCAAAGGAAACUUCUGCCUCCGAAAAUAUCGAAGCUGAUUUAUCCUCAGACGAGAGGCAAGUUAAAAAUAUAGACGAGCCUAAUUCUUUACAGGAGGUGGCUAAUUCCGAAAUGGCAUCUGCUGGAUUGAAAGCAGAAAAUGGUCCAAUUAUAGAAGAGAACAGGAGUAAGGCAGUUAAAAAGACUGAAGCAGUCGAGGACACAAAAUUUAACAAGGAGGACGAAGACAAAUUGGCUAAAGAUGGUAUUGAGGGAGAUUCACAAAAUAAGGAAAACACCGAGGAACCGGAUUUAUCCUGGGGUAAUGAUGAAGACAAUGGAGAAAAGAUGCCAUGGGAAGUAGAAGAGAGUGGAAACAAGACGGAAGGUCACGAAGACUUGGAUGCGGAGGAUCACGAAAAAUUGAAUGUGGAAGAUCAGAAAACCGUGCUUAAGCCGGGGGAUGUUACGGAAAGGCCGCACAGUUUAGUGAUUGAUGAGAAGAAGGUAGAGGUGAAGAACAUUGAGAAGGAAAGCGAAGGUAAGCCGCAAUCUACUGAAAGUGCACAAGGGCCAGAUAAAAACAGCGAGCCUGAGGAUGAUGAUAAAAAGGCGGUGGAGACUAAAGAUAAUGAUGAAAUGGCGGUAGAUGAAUCUUCCGGGAAAGAGCCGGUGACAUUAGAAAAGUCGUCUAAUCUUCCCUGGGAUGAAAGUGAAGGAGCAGAGGACAGUCCUAUGCCAUGGGAGGAAAGCAAGCCGAGUGCACAGAUGGCCGGAACUGAUGAAGAAUAUGGGCAUAUUGAUAAAGAAACUGGAGGAGAUGAGGAAGAAGUGGAGGAUGAUUCAUUUCUCAGGGAUCUUUCGGAGUCUAGGCGGGCAGAUUCGUCCAAAAAGAUGGAUUCUCAGAAGGAGUCUUUAUUGAUAAACGAGGAACAGCCCAGCAAACCUACAGAGGAGGAUGAAAAUACCGACAAGGCAGAAAGUCUACAGGGAAAGCCGGCUGAAGAGACCAAGGCAGAGCCCGUGGAGAAUAAUUUGGACUUUCUCGAGGAUGAUAACGAGAUCCUAUUAGACGACAUCAUGGACGACGAUUUGCUUGAAGACGAAGAAGAGGAAGUACCCGAAAGCGUGGGGAACAAAGGAAAAGGGUCAACAAAGCCUCAAGUAGCAUCACCUUACACUCCGUACUCUCACGCAGGAUCUGUGAUUUCAUCAGUUUCCGAGCGUAUCGCGCGCCCUCUGUCUCCGAAGAUGCAGAAAUACGUUCCCGGUGACAGGGCUGCGUCUCCGUCUGUACGCCGGCCUAGUAACAACUAUGUGCCGCAUACAUAUUCGCACACGUCAAGUGUCAAUGUGCCGUUGAGGAGAGCUGUUUCCCCAAUCAGCCAGUUUACAGAGCCACCAAGACAGGCCCGUGUACAGAACGAAACCAGCCACGAGCAUAGGCAGCUGUUGGAGAAGUUGGAGGAGGAAAAGCACAGGAGCGAUGCGUAUGACUUUCCCGACGACAUGAUGUCUAAGUUUUCGCCGGUGAAGGUGAAGGCGAAGCUCCCGGUGCGGAAUAUCUACGCUGACAUGGAAAAGAGGACGAAGGCACAGGCAACUUAUUCAAGCACGCCCAAUGGUGGGGGACGCAAUGCUCCGGACAAGGUGCUUCCACCUGCAGCCACGAGCUACAAGAGUCCACCAGCCAUUAGGAGGCCGCCGGAAACCAACAGAUACAAUCCUGGAAGACCACCCGAGGCGAACAGGUAUGCUGGGGGCUCGGCAGCAGUGGGAAGUGAGGCAAGUGUGCAUUCUUUAUCUAGUGUAGCUUUACCUUCUGCACAUCCUGCUUCUGCAGCCUCUCCUGCCGUCUCUAGUGCUUUCUCUCAGACCCGUUUGAACGCAGUGCCAGCCAAGGCAACCGAACCAAAGGAAUCUGUGCAGAGGGCUGCCCCGGCCAACCAGAGAACACCAUUUUUCUCCGAGCUUCCUACUCCUAAGAACCUCUCUAAGCCAACACCACCCGUGAAGAACCCGUAUGCUGCAAAGCAGGAGAUCGUUCAGAACCAUUAUGCUGCAAAGCAGGAAACCGGUCACAACCCAUAUGCUCCAAAGCAGGAGGCUGCUCAGAACAGGGAGAUGCCUACAAUGAUGAAGAUGGCGUCUCCGAGGUCGAGGAAAUCAACGAUGAACUGGUAUGCACCGUCAAACGUGGGCGGCCACUUGACGACGCCGUCGGCAAACACCAACCCGGAGCCCAUCAGGCAGAAUGUGGUGCCGGUGCCCCGUAAGAUAUCGCUGGGCUCCUCGCAGGGUGCGCCGCCCGUUCUGCACGUGUCCACCGGGGCCACCGCCAGUAGAUACACGCCGCAAGGUGGGCAGACCAUAGGCCAGACCAUGGGCCAGACCACGGGGCAGCAGACCAGGCUGACGUCGCCCCGGACGCACCGCCCAAGACAGUCGAUUGACGUGCUAUACGACAGCCCCCGCGUCGACUCAACCGUCCCCUCGGCACUAACACGCAGCCGGAUUCGCCGGGGCUCGUCGGCAGCACCGCCCCCUCCUGCAAACGGCCAAGGCGGCGCCACCAGGCACAUGGACACCCCGAUCAGCCAGCCGGCUCCCGUGGUGGUGCACCCAGAGAACCUGGUCAGAAGGCAAUGGCCUCUAUUCAGCUUCUGCAGCUCCGGUGGCCGGUUCGCAUCCAUGAUCCCCUCAUCAGACGGUUACGGGCACCGCAUUGCGAACAUCAAGGUGGUGCCACUCUCGUCCAUCUUGAGGGACAACGCUGAUGAGCUGGCUGCCAAGUUCCCGGGCCCUCUCCCGUCGUCCGGCGGCCGUUCGGUGUCGAAGGAGCUAGGCAACUGGGUGAACUUGAAGCUGAAGGGCCUGGGGAAGAGCCAGCCGGCCGGCGAGGCCGUGUUCCUCACGAUCGAGGAGAAGAUAUGGGCCAUUCUGAGGAUCAUGAUCGAGGAGGUGCACGGCCCAGGCGACUUCUGCAAGGCUGGCUACUUGGACAGAGUCGUCAAGGUCGUCAAUGCAUCCUGUGGCAUUCCAAAGCAGAGGCAAAAGCUUGAUCUCGUUCAGUUGGAGAGGGCAGCAGCACCUGGAUUUACGAAUUCUCACAAUUCCAAUGGUCCCGACUCCUCCGUCGGCGUCGACAAAAAUGGCCUCUCUCGGAUUUACGGCUUUCUCGAGCAAGGCGAGACCGUCGCAGCUUUGGAGGUCGCCGUUUCUGCUGGCGACUGGGCCCUAGCAAUAACUCUGGCCGGGCUUCUCGGCCCCCAGGCUCUCUCCUCGGUGGUCCAUCUCUACUCUCGCCACCGAUUCCCUGCCUCCGACCCGCUGGCACAGAAUCUCUCCUUCUUCAUCACCCUGGCAGGAAGUGCCUACCUGGCCCCUUCACUGGGUGCAGGCAAGGACCCCACGCUGGAGGAGAUGAAGCAGUUCUCGGCCCCCUGGAUCGUCGACAACAUCGAGUCGAUCGUCCCAUUCGUCCUCUCCAACCUGUCGCACCCGGGCCCAAUCCUCUUCAGGCUAAGCACCCUGUUGGCAGACCACAACGACUGCAGCCAUGCCCUGCUCUGCCGCCUCCUCUCCGGCUUCCCACCCGACACGCCUUGCCAGAAUGUCGAUGGCUCCAUCGUGGACGAGAUAUACAUGCACAUCCUCACCACGUCUUGUAACAUGCCUGCCAGCGUCAACCGGCAGACCUCUGCACAGUUCACGGAUGCCCUCAGACUACUACGCACGGGCUACUUGGCCGAUACCGGCCAUUUCACCGAGGCGAAGAAGUACCUCGAUGUUGUGGCAUCUCAUCUGUCUGCCUCCAAGAGACAGGGCACCACACAAUCCAUUGCACUCGAAUUUGAAAGGCUUUCCGACAGACUAAGCAGGGUCCCCAACGGUGCCAAACCACACAUGAGCAGGGUCUGGGACCGGCUCGACAAGUCGUUCAACAAGUUUGUUGCCGGCGAGGACUUGUCCUCCUCGAAGCAGGAAACCUCUUCCGAGGUCUUCUCCAACUAUUCCACGCCCGCUGUUUCUCGCAGUGCCUCCGUCAUGGACAUUACAGCCAAUGUUGGCCCACAGAGCAUCAUGAACCAGGCUUUCCCACAGCAUCCCGCACCACCUUUUGUCCCGGAAGCUCGUCCCAAGCUGCCAAACUCCUCCAGGUCGUCUCCCUACUUGCCAAAUGCGGCCAGCUUCGACUUGACCGGACCACCGGGCACGGCACCCCACAUUGCUCCCGGCACCCAUCCGUCCAACGUGGCUCAACCAAGAAUCCUGGGUGGCAGCUCGCAUAUUGCUCCACCGCAGCAUUUCGAUAGCCUGGCACAUCCAUUGGCUUCUGCCUAUUCUCCACCGCCUGCCAAAAUAGCCUCCCAACCACCUUCCGGCACGUAUGCCCACGACUAUCCGUUCACAUCAACACCUUCAUCCCCACCUCCACGGCCUUCCUACCCCAAACGGUACGCUUCCAGUACGGCAUCUGACGCUUCAUCCUUGGCCAGACAUCCGUUAGCUCCGCCUGCCUACAUAGAGAAGCCAUCUGUGCCAAGGUCUUUACCAAAGGAGGCGGUUCCAGGGAAGAGAGUGCAACAAUUGGCAAAAAAAUCUGUUGCACAGCAGAAACAACCCGUUGCACAGCCAAAACUGCGACAAAUGAAGACAAUUACACACCAGCCACCGCCUCCCCUUCCUAACGUUGCCAGAUCGGCCGAAGUCAAGGUACGUAAAGUACCCUCUGACCCGGUGUCUCAAAUGCUAGAGGGCAACUCAAAGAGCCUUGAGCCCAAGACGGAGAUCGCCGGAACUCCUUUGCUGCCAAUGGAGCCUGGCCACAGCUUACGGAACACAGCUUCUGGAGAUUCAGGCACUCUCGUGCAAGAGAAGGAAGCAGCAAAAGAACCUGGCAGCGACUCUCAAACGACAGCAAGUAAGCAGGCAUUGGGCCCUGAAGCUGGCAAAACCACAAAGCAGGGGGCUGAAGCAAAGGAGAAAGAACCUGUCACAACUGAAAAAGAGCAUGUUGAAGAGCAGCCUACUGAAAAAGAGCAUUCUGGAGAGCAGCCUGCUGAAAAAGAGCAUGCUGAAAGGCAAAUCGCUAAAAAAGAACAUGCGGAAGAGCAUACUGAAGAGCAUACUGAAGAGCAACCAGUGAUACCCGCUGCCAUAAGCGAGAUGAAGAAACAUGUAGAGGAGAAAUCUCCAUUAGUAGAAAAUGCGUUGAAGCCAACUCUAUCCGAGCAUCCAAAUGCAACUGAUGAUGUUAAUAUCGAGCAGACUCAAACCUUGAAGGCUGAACCACCAUCGUUGAAACCAUCCUCACUAUCUUUGGAGACUCCUUCUGCGGCAAAAACUUUCACAACGAUUAAAGCGUUGCCUCGUGACAGCGUUUCAGACAUAACUUUACCAAGCCAACCUGAGGAGCAUUCGGUGGAGAAUGAAGAAUUACAAAAGACUGAAAUUCCACCACCCGCUUUGCCGAAACCUUCCAGUGUUAGAACUCCAAAAAACCCAUAUGCUGCCUUGUACUCGAAAGCACAUAAGCUGUCGGUGCAGAACAAGAACAUGACUUACACUCCAAAGAGUGCAGAACCUGCUGCAGAGGAGGAGAUUAAAACUCCUCUCAGCGGAACCCAGAAGUCAUCGCAGGUCCAGCUUAACGAGAUGGGGAUACCGACAGACAUGAGUGGAGUCGAUAUUUAUGGAUUUGGAGGAUAUCAUGUGCCUCCACCUUCCAGAGAAAAUGCCCCAGAGCCAAAAAUCGACUUGAAGGAGAAUCACUCGGAGAAUGUGUUCGAGGAAAAAGAACCAGAAACGGCUUUUAACCAGUUUGAAUCAAUCAAUAAAGCUGCUGCCAGCAGCGAUUUUGGAGAGCCAGGAUCACCAUUACCUCCGGCUACGGAUAACAUAAUAAAUCCAGCGGCAAACUUGCGAAACAUUUUCAGUCCUCCAAGGAUUGGUAAUAUAUCGCAUAGAUCAUCUUUUAACUCUAGGAGACCAUCCCAGAUGUCAUCCCGUCGUUCAUCAGUGGCAUCUCCUUUGUCAGUUGAUGACACGAUAGCUUCAAAGCAAUCUGCAAUCUACACGAUAACGGAGGAGAAGAAGUUGUACGCUAAUGAUGCGGAUGAAUACUUUGACGACGAUAUUGUUGAAUCAUCGAGCGAGGAAGGCGAUUCAGCCAAAGAACGCGAGGAAAAAUCGAAGAAAGAGGCUGCCGAGAAGAGAAAGAAGGAACAGGAGAGGAAGCAGAAAGAAGAGAAGGAGCGGAAAGAGCAAGAGCAAGAGCAAAAGAAGAAGAAGAAAUCUAAUGCCUCAGGCAAAGGAUGGUUCUCAUGGCUGUCUCGUAAGGAUGAUGGACCAAAGCCGAUCAAAGCCAAGAUGGGCGAAGAGAAUCAAUUUUAUUAUGACGAAAAGCUCAAGAGAUGGAUAAAUAAGAAUGCACCAGUCGAAGAGCAAAUCGCAGACACUGCACCACCGCCUCCUCCUAUGAGAAAGGAGCCGGACUCUCAACGAAUAAAACAAACUUCUCAGCCAUUACCUGGUCCACCAAGAAUGAAUUCACCUCCACCUCCAAAUUCGUCUUCGAUUUCCAAGCCUUCACUUUCGGGACGGCCUCAAAAGGAUGAAAAUGGAAUUGAUGGACUUUUAAGUUUAUCCGCCGGUUUACAAAGAAGUAAAAAGAGAUCUAGAAGAGGACCUCGCAGGGGCUAUGUUGAUGUGAUGGCUCUGCAGGGCAAGAAAUGA